CCUCACAACCACCCACAAAACCUCCCUCUCUCUCCCAAACCCCAACACCGCACAAUAAAACCAGGAGAUGACCACCCAACCCGAAGGCCUAACGCCAUCCCAACUCGCCUUCUUCCACGAGAACGGCUACCUCGUCCUCCCCAACCACCUCACUUCCGACGAAGUGCAGCGCUGCCUGCAAGAAACGCAGCACCUCCUCGACACCUUCCCGCUCGACACGCACCCACUCACGCAAUUCACCACCGGCGACGAUGCCUCCACGCAAGGCAGAGAGCACGUCGGCGACGACUACUUCCUCAACUCUGGCGACAAAAUCCGGUACUUCUUCGAGCCCGACGCCUUCGACGCGAAUGGCGCCCUCGUCAAGCCCAAAGCCCAGGCCGUCAACAAGAUCGGCCACUCGCUGCACAGCCUCUCGCCGCCGUUCCGCGACGUGAGCCUGAACGCCCGCAACGCCGCCAUCGCGCGCUCCCUCGGCUUUCGCGACCCCCGCGUCUUGCAGAGUAUGGUCAUCUGCAAGCAGCCCAGUAUCGGCGGCGCGGUGCCCAGUCAUCAGGACUCCGAGUUCUUGUAUACCGAUCCGCCGUCGGCGGUUGGAUGGUGGUUUGCGUUGCAGGACGCUGGGGUUGGGAAUGGGACGUUGGGCAUGGUGAAGGGUUCGCAUACGCGGAAAGGGAUCGCCAGGAGGUUUGUGCGGAGGGCGGAUGGGAGGGGUACGGAGUUUGUGGAGAAUACCGGUGCUAAAGGGCCGGUUGGGUUUGUCGAGUCUUCCGACAAGGAGGGGGAAGGGGAGGUCGAGAUGUUGGAUAUUAAGGCUGGUUCGUUGGUGCUCAUUCAUGGUAAUGUUGUGCAUCAGUCGCAAAGGAAUACUAGCGACAGGAGUCGAUUUGCGUAUACGUUUCAUGUUAUUGAGGGCGCUGAUGGCUCGGAUUAUGAUCGCAGGAAUUGGUUGCAACCGCCGGAGAAUGGUGAGUUUACGAGGUUGUAUCAGUGAGCGGGGUGGUUUGAGGGAGUGUAUAUUAUGAGAUUAGUGUAGAAAAGAAUCCAGGUGGUUGAUUGAUAUCACCUGAUGUAUAAGCGAAGAUGCCAGAAGAG